CGUCAUUCCACAACAACAUUUCCCGUGUUGUUUGGAAAACUCUUGAGGGGGUGAAACAAUACACGCGGACGGAAGAAGAACCAAUCGGUGUAAGCAGAAAGUAAAUUGGGUGUAAACGCAACGAAAAGCAUACGCGGCGGGCCUGUGCGAGGGGUUGCUGUUUGCGCACACAUUGCCUGCCCUGUCCCGUACCACACGACACCCACGUUCUUGCCGGGUGGCACAGUAGGCGACAGCGCGUAUGAGUGUGUGUUUUUUGGUGUGCCGUGGCAAAAACAACAAGGAGUCGGCAACUCCUUGCGCGGUUUUCACGGUCCGCAAGGGAUGGAAUAAAGCUAGUUAAUUAAACGUGAUUUGUCAAAAGUGCUGGUGAGCACGAAAAAAAAACAAAGGGAAAAAAAGGUGCAUUUUCCAAACCCAGUGCUGUGCCAAACGGGAACACUCCGUGUGUCUGUGUGUGUUUGUGGUAUCCACGUUUUCCACCCGGAGGGAGACAAAGGGCAAAAAAGUGCAAACAAUCUCCGUGUUACGCACUGCACGCCCGUGUGUGUGUGUGUGUGGUGACGGAGCAGAGUAUCCCUGCAGCAUCCUGACGGCAACGAUACGAGCGGUGCCAUAGACACCGGAGGAGGUGGAGAUACGGCAAACGACACGGACGCGGAAAAGGAAAUGCUCCUGUCGACGGCCGAAUCGUCGGCCUACUCGGCACAGGAGGUAGCAGCCCGGCUCCGGGUGGACGUUCGCACGGGCCUGCGAUGGUCGGAAGCCAACAGUCGCUCCAAGAUCGUCGGCUACAACGAGCUCAACGCACUGGACGACGAGCCACCCUGGAUGAAGUAUGUGCAGCAGUUUAAAAAUCCACUGAUCCUGCUGCUGCUGGGUUCCGCCCUCGUGAGUGCCUGUAUGCGACAGUUUGAUGAUGCAAUCAGUAUUACCAUUGCGAUCAUUAUCGUCGUCACGGUUGCGUUCAUCCAAGAGUAUCGUUCGGAGAAAAGUUUGGAGGAGCUCAAGAAGCUUGUCCCGCCGGAAUGUCACUGCUUACGGGAAGGUCGGCUGGAGACGUUUCUGGCAAGAAAUCUCGUACCGGGCGAUAUCGUGUACCUCAACGUAGGCGACCGCGUCCCGGCCGACAUACGCAUCUUCGAGGCGUUCGAUCUGUCGAUCGACGAGUCAAGCUUUACGGGCGAAACGGAACCGGCACGCAAAAGCGUCGAGGUGGUACUGAACGCCAACAACACCAAGAACCAUGCCAGUAUGAAAAACAUUGCCUUCAUGGGCACGCUAGUUAGAUGUGGUAAUGGAAAGGGUAUCGUAGUUAGCACGGCCGAAAACAGCGAGUUCGGUGAGGUCUUUAAAAUGAUGCAGGCUGAGGAAGCGCCAAAAACGCCGAUGCAAAAAUCGAUGGACAUUCUCGGCGCGCAGCUGAGCUUCUACUCGUUCUGCAUCAUCGGCGCCAUCAUGCUGCUCGGCUGGAUACAGGCCAAACCGCUGGUGGAAAUGUUCACCAUCAGCGUCAGCUUGGCCGUGGCCGCCAUCCCGGAAGGCCUCCCGAUCGUCGUAACCGUAACGCUCGCUCUCGGCGUCAUGCGUAUGGCCAAACGGCACUGCAUCGUUAAAAAGCUGCCCACGGUCGAGACGCUCGGCUGCGUCACCGUCAUCUGCUCGGACAAAACCGGUACGAUCACGAAGAACGAGAUGACGGUCACCGUCAUCAUCACGUCCGACGGCUACAUGGCGGACGUAACCGGCGCCGGCUACAACGAUAAUGGAGAAAUUCACAUCCGCGACUGCAACAGCAUGGACAAUGCGAAGGCCAGCAUCAACCAGCUGCUCGAGGCGGGCGUCGUGUGCAACAAUGCGAUCAUCCAGAACGACACACUGCUCGGCCAGCCGACCGAAGGGGCGCUGCUGGCGGCGGCAAUGAAGAACGGCCAGUACUCGGCCGCGGACAACUAUCUGCGCAUACAGGAGUACCCGUUCAGCUCGGAGCAGAAGAUGAUGGCGGUGAAGGCGGUGCCAAAGUACGCCAACACGAAGGAGGAGCUGUUCUUCGUGAAGGGCGCGAUCGAGAUGGUUUUGCCCCAGUGCACCAAGUUCUGGUACGGCGGGCAAGCGAUCGCACUGAGCAAACAGAACGAGGCAGAAUUCCUGCAGGAAGCGUACGAGAUCGGGCGGAAAGGGCUGCGCGUGCUAGCGAUUGCGCGGGGCACCUCGCUGCAGGAUCUGGUCUAUCUCGGGCUGGUGGGAAUAACCGAUCCACCGAGACCGCUCGUGCGCGAAUCUAUCGAAAUGCUGCGCUCGAGCGGUGUGCUGGUGAAGAUGGUCACGGGAGACUCUCAAGAAACGGCCAUGGCAAUCGCUUCUAAAAUUGGACUAGACAUUGUGCACAUGCAGGCCAUGUCCGGGCAUGAUAUUGAUCAAAUGAACGAAAUGCAGCUGGAAAAGAUCAUCAACACGGUGAGCGUGUUUUAUCGUGUCACACCCAAGCACAAGCUCGCGAUCGUAAAGGCGCUGCAGCAAAACGGCCACAUCGUCGGUAUGACGGGCGAUGGUGUGAACGACGGUGUGGCGCUCAAGCGUGCCGACAUUGGCAUUGCCAUGGGCAAGAACGGUACCGACGUGUGCAAGGAAGCUGCCGACAUGAUCCUGGUCGAUGACGAUUUCCAUACGAUCAUUGCUGCCAUUGAGGAAGGCAAAGGUAUUUUCUGGAACAUUCGCAACUUUGUCCGGUUCCAGCUGUCCACGUCGAUUGCAGCACUGUCGCUGAUUGCGCUGUCCACGCUGAUGGGCAUCUCGAACCCGCUCAAUGCGAUGCAAAUCCUGUGGAUCAACAUCAUCAUGGACGGACCGCCGGCCCAGUCGCUCGGCGUCGAGCCGGUCGACCAGGACGUGCUGAAGCAGAAACCGCGGAACGUGAAACAGCCCAUGAUUUCGAAAUCGCUCAUCAUCAAUGUGCUGCUGUCGGCGGGCAUCAUCAUCCUCGGUACGCUGUGGGUGUUCCAGCGCGAGAUGGCGGACGGGACGGGCGUGACGAGCCGCGAUACGACCAUGACCUUUACCUGCUUUGUGCUGUUCGACAUGUGGAAUGCGCUGAGCUGUCGAUCGCAGACAAAGAGUGUAUUUCAGAUUGGCCUGUUUACGAACCGGAUGUUCCUGCUGGCGGUCGGCUUUUCACUCCUCGGCCAGCUGCUCGUCAUCUAUUUCCCGCCGCUGCAGAUGGUUUUCCAAACGGAAGCGCUCUCAGCGAUGGAUCUCCUCUUUCUCGUCUCGCUCACCUCGAGUGUGUUCAUCGUGUCCGAGCUGAAGAAGUGGUUCGAGCGCACCAUGGAGCGACGAAUGUACCGCAAGCGCACCGAGCUUGACUUUGUAUGACAAACAGCUCCCAAAGAUGCUGGAAGAUUGCACAAGGACUAAAUCCGGUUCCGCAUGGAAAGUGCGCGGACCGAAACGGAAAGAAUAAAACUGUAUAACCGACCGAGCAAGAGCGAGGCCAGAAAGUGGCGGAACACGCGUGAGAGGAUGGUUCCGUUUACAAAGUAAAACAAACAAACAAACUUGACGGAAAUUUCGGUUGCGAUUGCGGCGGCUGCUACUACCAACUUCAACAACAACAACAACAACAACAACACCACCGAAGAUAGUAACCAACGACGACAACAACAGCAAGAAGCAAAACAAACAAACAAAUACUACACAAAACACAAAACGGAGAACGACGACGCAUGACGAUCGACAACAAAUUUCUUAAGGCUAUAUAAA